GGUAUUUUGAAUAUAUUUGAAAUACUCAUGUACUUUUAUUUUGACAUUCCGAAAACCGGAAGUAAGCCCCGUAACCAAAGCGCAGGGACCAAGCGCACAUGUAGCGAUUCAUGCUAGUUUAAUUCUUUAUACUCCCUGUUUCAACUGCGUAUAAGUUUAAGUAUAUUUGACUUUGAAGAUUGCUUCUGGGAAAUGACUCUGCCGUUGGUUGAGAAGCAGGCUAAAGUGUUCUACGGUGUUAAAGUGUUAAUAAACAUCUGUGUAUGGAACCGGAGUCUCGCAUUCAAUCGAUGGGCGGCAUAGUAGAACACUACUGCAACGGUAAAGGCUCUGAGCGGACGAAUACGGGCUGGCUGCGACCGCGUGCGGUAAACGAGAGGUCACCUUGUGAAUGGUUCGUGUGAAUCCAAAGGGGCAAGUGGACAAGGCUACACAAGCAAGCACGUCGAAAGGAGUGUGUCGAAAGUAGCGCAAGUACUGCCAUGAUAGCACACGGACGUUUCAUUUGUGUUUUUUCCUCUUAAAUCAGCAGUCGUCAUUAUUUUGUGCUGCAGUUUGAUUAUCUAGUAAGAAACAAAGAAACUUAGCAGAUAUGUAAAUGAACCAUUCUCCCAGUUGAAUCUAAGAAGUUCUAAGUUAAAUUCAAAGUUUGUUCCAACAAGUAAGUUUUCAUAUUUAAACUGUGACGAAUUAUUAUUAUUUCUCACUUUGUUAAUUGCCUUUUAUUGCUCAUUUAUUGAAGUGUGUUAUUAUAAGACUGUAGUGUGUUGAUGUGCAAUAUUCAAAGGUUAAGCUAAGGGAAGCAAAGAGAUUAGUUUUGCAUUUAAUUUUAUUUCAUAUUUGCACACAUUAGACAACAGAAUACAGUUUAAUCAAAUACAUCACAUGCAUUUAAUAUGUCACACUCAAAGGAAAUCACCUUUCUUCCUACUGAAGAGGUCACUCAUGGAGACUUUCAAGAAGAUAGUGACGCAGAAAGGACUACCCUAUCACAGCAAGCUGACGCUGAUGAGCAAGUUGAAGACACAUCGCAGGCCACACAAUCUCAGGUUGGUGUGGAUGACACACAAAUGAUUCCUGGAAUUAGGAAAUCUGGACGUAUACAAAAGCUCACUGAAAAGGGCAAAGCUCUGUUAGAUGACAAAUUGAAAGAUCUAACUGUAAGUUUUGUAAAGAUGUACAGAAGAUGGAAGUAUCAUAUCAAUGGCUUAAAACGGUCCAUUAAGAAUAAUGAUGCUGAUGAUCUGAUUGAGGAGAUUGUAAAUGCAAUCAAUACCGCACAAGUGGACAUGGACAUUACUUACCUCAAAAUAAGAGCAAUUUCAACUCCUGAACCAGACAUUCGGAGAAUGAAUGACACAUGCCAGGCAUUUACUAGGAUUGCAAAUACAAAUGUUCAACAUUUCCGCAGUGAUGAUGAUACACAAAUCAUAACUUGGCCUGAUGCUAAAUCAGUAUUUGAAAGCACAGUGUCUAGUGUUUCCUCCGUUCAAACCGCUAAGUCAAAGGUUCCUUCCCAAGUAUCCAGACACUCUUCUAUCCUGUCCCUUAAUGCAAAACAGGCGGCAGCCGAAGUUGUGGCUACGCAAGAAAUGAUGAAGAUAACAAAUGCACAACAUCAGCAGAAGGAAGAAAUUCAAAGACUUGAGGUGGAAGAUCAAAUCUUGAAGGCUGAAAGAGAAGCUAUAGAAAAGGAAAUUGAAGCAGAGAGUGCUAAAAAAAGAGCUCAGUUCAUAGCAGAAAGUGCUGAUAGAAAAAUGAAGCUGGAAGGAAAAAAGAGAGAAGUACAAAGGCUAGAAGAACUUAAAGGGCAUGUUGCGGCUCAAGCAAGACUGCAGGUUUAUUCAGAAUCUGUCGAUCCACCACUAGCACUUAACCCUUUAAUGGAUCAAUUUUUUCCCUCUCAAGCACCAGUCUCACAAGCUCUACUUGCGCAACAAGCCAAGCCCAGUCAAGUCCAGCACCCUCAUGAGGUUACAGCCACUAAAUCCCCUCUCCUAUAUCCCUCCAUGUACACCUCAUGUUCUGUUCCACAGCCAACCACUCAAGCCUUUUUAACCUCUCAUGAAGCUACCAAUGACCUUGUGAGAACUCUUGCUGAAGCAAUCACAGCUAAUCGAGUUCCAAUCCCAGAACCUGAAGUGUUCAAAGGAGAUCCUCUCAAGUACAAUGAUUGGAAGCUUUCCUUCUUUACUCUGAUUGAGCGCAAGAACCUGCUAGCUCAAGAAAAGCUCUUCUUUCUACGCAAGUACGUUGGUGGCCCAGCCAAGAAAGCUAUUGAAGGCCAUUUCCUUGUAGGAACAGAAACCGCUUAUCGUGCUGCCUGGGACAUACUUGAAGACAGAUUUGGUAAUCCAUUCAUAGUUGCCAAGUCAUACCGUGACAAGAUACAUACAUGGCAUAAAAUUGCCCCCAAGGAUAGCGAAAAUCUUCGUGAGUUUGUUGAUUUUCUGAGCAGUGUGGAAUCAGCUAUGCCAUAUGUUCAAGGUCUACAAACUCUCAACGACUGUGUGGAAAACCAAAGGAUUACUGUCAAGCUCCCGGAUUGGUUGAGCUCACGCUGGAAUAGAGAAGCAACAAUCUAUCAGGAUGGACACAAAAUGUUCCCGGACUUUAGAUAUUUUGUAAGAUUUCUCAAUAUGGAGGCUCGUAUUGCAUGCAACCCCAUCACAUCAUUGUAUGCUGUGAAGUCAACUGACCAAGAAAGAUCAAAGCCAACAGAACGAGAACAGUCUAAGUAUCAACGAAAUCAAAACUUUAGUGCUAAGACUUUCACCACUAAUACAAUUGAGAAGACAAGCAGCACAUGCAUGUUUUGUAAGAAGAAAGGCCAUACUCUCCAUAGGUGUCUCAAGAUUAGGGAAAAACCUGUUGAAGAAAGAGUUAAAUUUGUACAACUGGAGAAAUUGUGUUUUGGUUGCCUUAGGAUAGGCCAUAACUCCAGAGCGUGUACAUCCAGGAGUGUGUGUGACUUAUGUGGAAAACAUCACCCUACUUGCCUACAUCAAGAUCGUGGGAAGAAAAACCAAGAACAAGCUGUAAGAAUAAAACCAGAAAGGCAAAAUGAAAACGGAGGACACACCAACCAACAGUCUGAAUCAAUUGAAAUACAGCAAGCUACCUCUAACAGAGUUGUUCAAGAGAAAAGCAGCACUCACACUUCAUCUAUUGUUCCAGUCUAUGUCUCCACGGCAAUGGAACCAGACAAGGAAGUUUUAGUGUAUGCGUUACUUGAUAGUCAGAGUGACACAACCUUCAUCCUGAAGGAUGCAGCUGUUACAUUGGGUGCCAGGAAAGAGUCAGUAAAACUUAAAGUGUCCACAAUAACAUCAAAAACAAAAGUGGUGAAUAGCCAAAGGGUGCAAGGACUACAGGUAAGAGGCAUCAGCUCUGACACUAAAAUCAAACUCCCAACAACUUAUACCAGAGAUUACAUACCAGCAAACAGAUCCCAUAUACCCACAAGAACUACCGCAAAGUCUUGGCCUCACUUAGAACAUUUGGCAGAUGAAAUGUCUCCUGAGCUUGAUUGUGAAGUGGGAUUGUUAAUCGGCUAUAACUGUCCACAAGCCUUACUUCCCAGAGAUGUCAUCUCGGGCAAUGAAAACCAGCCAUAUGCACAAAAGUCUGUGUUGGGUUGGAGCAUUAUCGGCUACAGCAGCACUGGUGUGGAUUAUGAUCAUGAGGAUGAAAUCGGUGUGAGCCACCGUAUCAUCAUAAAGAAAGUUCAGCCAGCUACCAAGGCCUUUACUGAGCUCAAGUCUGAGGUACAUUUUGUUUAUAGAACUCAAGUCAAGGAAAUGAUCACUCCAGCAGAUAUACUCAAGGUCUUUGAGGCAGAUUUUACUGAGAAGUUCAGUGAAGAAGUUCUAAUAUCACAAGAAGAUAUUAAGUUCUUGGUGAAGCUGAAAGAAGGAAUCAAGCAAAAGCCAAAUGGACAUUACGAAAUGCCAUUGCCUUUUAAGGAAGAGAAACCAAGCCUGCCAAACAACAAAGUGUGUGCACAACAUCGACUCAGAUGUCUGGGAAAACGUCUUAAGAAAGAUAAUCAAUAUCACAAGGAUUAUGUGGCUUUUAUGGAGGACAUCAUAACAAGAGGUGAUGCUGAAAAGGUUCCAGAGUCAGAGUUAAACGAUCGGACCACGUGGUAUAUCCCUCACCAUGGGGUUUAUCAUCCCCAAAAGCCAGGAAAGAUUCGCGUGGUAUUUGAUUGCUCGGCUAAGUUUCAGAAUACAUCGCUGAAUGAGCAUCUACUCACCGGGCCAGACCUUACAAAUACCCUUGUAGGGGUCUUGUGUCGCUUCCGCAAAGGACGAGUAGCCAUCAUGUGUGAUGUAGAGCGGAUGUUCCAUCAAUUUCAUGUCGCACCAAGUGACCAAGACUAUCUCAGAUUCCUGUGGUGGGAAAGAGGCGAUAUGGAGGCUCCACCUUCAGUGUUCCGCAUGAAGGUUCACUUGUUCGGUGCUGCAUCGUCACCUGGAUGCGCAAACUUUGGGCUCAAACACCUGGCUGCAGAAGGUGAAGGCAAGUUUAGUGAAGCUACAGUGAGGUUUAUUCAGCGCAAUUUUUAUGUUGAUGAUGGAUUAACAAGUUUGGACAGUGAAGAAGAAGCUAUCGAGCUUGUUAGAGAGGCAAGAGACCUCUGCAACACUGGUAAACUCCACUUACACAAAUUCAUUACCAGUAACAAGAAGGUGCUUGCCACAAUCCCAAAGCAAGAACUUGCAGAAGUUGUAGCUGACCUGGACAUGGCCUUGGGUGAGCACAAGAUGGAGCGGGCUCUCGGGGUCCAAUGGUGCAUUAGCUCAGAUAAGUUCCAGUUCAAAGUGAGGGUAAAGGAUCAUCCUUUCACCAGAAGAGGAGUAUUGUCAACAGUGGCCUCAAUUUUUGAUCCUCUUGGAUUUGUGGCACCUAUCAUUCUAAAAGGUAAACAGAUUCUACAAAGGAUGUGCCAAGACAAGGUGGGAUGGGAUGAGCAGCUUCCUGAUGAUCUCAGGCCGCGUUGGGAAGCGUGGCUCCAAGACCUUCAUAAUCUUUCACUGACAAAGUUAACAACGAUCCCAAGACUGGAACUCUCAGCUGCAGUCGUGGCCACAAGGUCGAGUGACCUGCUAAGGAGAGAAAUGAAGAUGGAAGAGAGUUCAGUUCUUGUCUAAUGAAUUUUGGACCAGAUGGAGAAAGGAGUAUUUGCUGAAUCUGCAGCAGAGGAGCAAAUGGAACAAGGACAGGAGAAAUGCUAAAGUGAAUGACAUUGUCCUGUUGCAAGAUGAUGACGCACCAAGAAAUAAGUGGAAGCUGGCGAAGGUAGUUGAAGUCUUCCAAGGAUCUGACGGAAGAGUCAGAAAACUCAAACUGUUACUUAGUGACACAGCACUAGACAUUAGAGGCGCACGCUCACAUAAGCCAGUUUAUUUAGAAAGGUCAAUACACAAAACAGUACUACUGCUUGAGGCCGAAUAAGUAGCCUAGUUCUUCAUUGUUUUGUUUAUAUUUGAAUGUAUAUGCGUUUAUUUACAUCAUUGUUUUAGAAUGUUCUGUUUAGAAAGUCUAUUUUUGUGAUGUGAAUCACACAUUGUGUGAUGGUGGGAGUGUAAAUGCAGCCGGUAUUUUGAAUAUAUUUGAAAUACUCAUGUACUUUUAUUUUGACAUUCCGAAAACCGGAAGUAAGCCCCGUAACCAAAGCGCAGGGACCAAGCGCACAUGUAGCGAUUCAUGCUAGUUUAAUUCUUUAUACUCCCUGUUUCAACUGCGUAUAAGUUUAAGUAUAUUUGACUUUGAAGAUUGCUUCUGGGAAAUGACUCUGCCGUUGGUUGAGAAGCAGGCUAAAGUGGUCAGUAUUACUGUAUUCUUUAUUUGUCAUUUAUGUAUUGUUUUGCAAUAUUUGAUGUCUUUUAUUUUGUUUACUUGAACUUUUAGUUCUACGGUGUUAAAGUGUUAAUAAACAUCUGUGUAUGGAACCGGAGUCUCGCAUUCAAUCG